UGACUGUGACCCGAAUGUAAACUGUGUGUUCCAUCAUGCAACAGGUUAUACUGCAUUCCUUCACCAGUAACCAGGAAGAAUUCAAAAGAGUGAGUGCAGCUGAUGGAAAAGCUCAGAGCUCAGCUGCACUCGAAAAGAACAGGACAUGGGUUAUUACUCUGCACAAAGGAGAAGCAAUGGAAACCAUUUACUUGACAAAUAGUUUAUCAUAACUCAGACCCUUUUCAGGGUGGGAAAAGAAGAUAUUGCCUAUAAUUGGGCCAUGCAUAUUUCCUCAGGGUUGCAUGACCUUCAGCUGAAUGAGGUGAACUUCACACAUUUGAUGAAAGACAUGAAAGCUUCCAGGCAUAACAAUGUGUUCAAACUGGUGAUCCCCUCUCCUGCUGACAUCCACACUGACCCUGGUGAUGAUGUUACUCUGUCAUGUCACCUCUCUAUGGAGACCAGUGUGGUUGCCAUGGAAGUGAAGUGGCUGAAGAGGACAGACUGUAUUUACCUGUAUAAGAAUGGACAGGGGACAGAGGGGAGAGGCUACGAGGGCAGAGUGAGCAUCCUUACUGAGGACCUGCAGAGAGGAAACGUCUCUCUGAGACUGAGACACGUCACACACUCAGAGAGUGGGAUUUACAGGUGCCAGGUCAUUCAUGGAGACUUUAAACUGGAGGAGACACUGUGGCUAUACGUCAAAACAAUCCAAGAUGAAAAAGUCCCUCUCAGGAGAGUUCAUAGUGCAUCUGUUUACAUCAAACCGAGUUUGGCAGGGCAGGGGACCAGUCAGACUCCUCCAGAGCAUCGGUCAGUCCCCACGCUGAGGCCACGGCAGCUGAGGAGAGACAGCAUCAGACAGCUGCGGCAGAAAACACCAAGGAGAGGAUGGAGUAGUGUGGGAUGAUGACCAGUGGAGUAGCCCCCAUUGUACAGUAGAUCAGUUUAGAUUAGAUUCAACUUCAUUGCCAUGAGCAUUGGGGAAAUGAACACUAGAACUACAGCGCUGGUCAUUUUGACCAUUUCAAAUGUUGCAUGUACUGUGACUUUGUUUAAGAAAAAAGAGCUACUUUCCCAGUGUUGUAAUAGAAGGUUGUUGUAUAUACCUGAAGACGAUUGAGGAACUGACUAGAAAGACCUUGACGGU